AUGGCGACGUCCAGCAAGUGGGAUUUGUCCAAGGAGGACAUUAAAUCAGCGGCAAACGAUGAAAAGGAAUCACUUUUGGAGCACGAGAGCGAUACAGAAGAGAACAUGGUGUUCAAUCGACCUAGUACGUCCUCGGGGGAGACACGCGCGGAUGGAAAGAUGGACAGCGUCCGACUGCAAAUCCAAGAGGUGACAGAAGCGAUGCGCGAGAACGUGCAGAAAGUAAUGGAACGUGGCGAGAGGCUCGAGGAUCUACAGGAAGCUAGUGAUCGUUUGAAUAUGGCCGGAAGCGAAUUCAGAUCAACCGCGAAGAAAGCACAGCAAAGGGCGUGGUUACAGAAUUUCAGGACGAGAAUAAUCUUGGUCGCUAUCACGGUGACGGUGGUAAUCUGCAUUAUCGGUACGAUUGUAACGAAAAUGGCAAUGAAGUUUGAAAAUGUGAUCGCGCAUUUCUGA